AAAAAAAACAAGUAAACAAAAAAUGCUUCUCAUUCAAUGUAAAAGGUACAAAUCAAAAUAUACUUUUCUAGUGAUAUGAUAGACGUAUGGUGAUAUUAUGAGAUGUAUGAGUAUAAAAGCCUGUCGUCGUUGGAGAGGGAAAAUGCUGCUCAGCGCUGUGGGGAAACUUCCUGAAACAUCGUUGUUGCACAAACAGAGAAAACGAGUGAAGGGAGGAGAGGAUGAGUCAGUUGAAGCAAGGAGCACUCCAGUAAUCACUGCUGAGAGGAAAGAGCAGGAGAGCCACACGGGAAAGCUUCAGUGCAACGUUGGUCCUGUGGAGGCCGACACUGACUCUCUCAGUCAUCGAGCAUCACCAUGUUUGUUCUCAUCUGGGCGACUUUGCUGUUCUCUGUUGGAGACAACAGCGCCGUCACAGAUGGAUCAAUAACAAGCUGUUUUAAUGGUGAAUACUGUAUCACCGUCAGAGAAGGAGAAAUAGCUGCAGAGGCUGGACUCUGUGUGGUCAUACCGUGUUCUUUCACCACUGCUGCUUCUUUUACACCCGAACAUCUGCUGUGGUACAAAUGUGAACCAUUAGGAAGAAGAUGUGACGAUUCAGAUGUGAUAUUCCACUCUAACAAGAGGAGCAAAAAAGUUCAGGCCGGGUUUAUGGGACGUGUUUCACUGCUAGAGCCUGAUGUGCGUCUGAAGAUCUGCAGCAUCAUCAUCAAUGACCUCACUGAGUCAGACGCUGGAUCUUAUCAGCUCAGAGUUAACGGUGUAUAUUAUGGGAGAGAAAAUGGAUUCACAUUCUUUCAAAAAGUAACAAUCUCUGUCAAAGGUCUGACCCAGAAGCCCACAGUGGGGAUUCCUCCUCUGACAGCGGGGCAGCAGACCACACUGAGCUGCACUGCUCCUGGUCUCUGCUCUGGAUCGGAUCCUGAGAUCACCUGGACGUGGAGAGGAGCAGGAGAGAAGGACUCUCACAUCACAGGAAACAUCACUGCUGUGAAGACCGAGCACCUGACUUCUGUCACACAGAGACACGUUUCAACUUUGACCUUUAAGCCUUCAGCUGAACACCGCAGCACCGAUGUGACCUGUAAGGUCAGAUUCACCAACGACGUCACUACAGAGGAGACGGUGACUCUGAAUGUGACCUAUGUGAAGGAUUUUAACAUCAGCGGGAUCACAAGUGUGAAGGAGGGCGAGACUCUGAACUUGACCUGCAGGGUUGAAAGUUUCCCUCCAUCUCUCAUCGCGUGGACAAAAUCUCCUGAGUCAAACACGCAGAAUGAAACAGACACAAAUCGGCAGAACAACACUGGGACCUUCAUGCAGAAAGAGAGUGGAAUGAGCACGUUUUACGCCUUUAACGUGACACCAGAACAUUCUGGACGAUACAUCUGCACAGCCGAAUAUCUGAAUCAAACUCUGGUGGAAGAUGUUGAUGUAAAAGUCAUAUAUGUGAGGUCGCCUGUAAUCACCGGCAGCACCACGGUGGUGAAGGGAGCCGCUCUGAAUCUCACCUGUGGCGUGGAGAGCUUUCCUCCAUCUCGCAUCACAUGGGCCACAUUUGGCUCCGGCACGACGCUUGAACGAGGACUCGACGCCGACCCGCAAAACGGGACCGGAUGGGCCGCCUCGCUCGUCAUCCCGCAUGUGGCGGCAGAAGACUCCGGACGGUACACCUGUACAGCGCAACACCUGGACAGGACAGUGACGACGUACGCUGACGUCACAGUGAUCUGGCCUCCGAGGUUCUUAAGCCGCUCCAGGUGUGAGGUUCGGUCGGAGGUCUUGACCUGCGUGUGCGUCAGCGAGGGGCUUCUCUUACCCUCCAUCACCUGGCCGCUGUUGAAGAACCACAGCGAGUACUCCGUGGUCACCACCGUGUCCGGCCACACGGUCCACAGCACGCUGACUCUCAGAGACCACGUGGGCACCUCCAUCGAGUGUGUCAGCAGCAACGACCACGGCGAAGCAAAAGAGAACCUCAAAAUCCAACAGAACACGCCGGGAAAAGAGGCAGAUCAGUCCUCGGGAAUAAAUCCAUGGCUGCAGGUCAUCAUUGCCUUUUUCAUUGGGGUGCUUCUCUCGGCAGUCUUUUGCUGUUUGGCCACUAAAUGCCACAGAAGAAAACAAGAGAUCUCUACUAAUCGGGAUGAGACUUAUGAGAUGGUGACCAGUCAAGCGGCUCCUCUGAUAAACGGUGCUCAAGCAGUGGAAGACGAUCACACCUACUACCAAGAGUCCUCUGAAGGAGAAUGGGGAGCGGCGGCAGCCCCGGACCUCGACGCCGAGCCCAAAGAUGUGCUGUACGCCAGCAUUGAUUUCUCUCUGUUGAGAAGGAAGAAUCUCAGCGGGGCAGCGAAGAGCCGAGAAGCCACCAAGACGGAGUACGCUGAAAUUAAGAAAGUAGUGGAAGAGGAAAUGGAAAACAACGGCGGAGAGGGGGGGAAUGCGUCGGGGGGGUCGAGGAUCAGGGAGGACGAGGAGGACGAGGUUGCAGUGUACUCCAGCGUGAAGGAUGUCAUGUCUGAGAUCUGAAGACUGUUGCAUUGUGGGUGAAGCGCCUCUGCCCUCAUGCCGCUGGGAUGAACAGACCUGAUGGACUGAUGAAGGGUCCUGGGAUCUUCAGAGGCCACGUUGCGCCCGUGGUGAAGUGACAGUGUUCACACCUCCAUCCUCUCUGCUUCUGAGAGCUCAAGUGUCCUUUUGUUGGGUAUCAUUUAAUUCGGUUCUCUUAGUCUCCCUCUGCCAUCAGGUCAGCGUGUGAUUUUGAAUAAAUUGUCUAAACACCUAUUGGAUGGAUAGCCAUGAAAAUCUGGUGCACCUCCGGAUAACCAUUUAUUCAUUUAUUUAAUGUGGUGACAUCGUCUGGUGGACAUUUCAUUUUCUUCAUUUGCCCAAAUACCUCCAAAACUAAUUACAUUCAUAUUCACCUGCGCUUCUGAUAUGUGUUGUUUUUAUUGCCAAUAAGGAACUGAUAACUUGCUAAUAAGAUAGGGAAUAUUUCAAAGGUUUUAUAUGUUAAACACCAACAUGCUAGAACACAAACCAGUCAUGUUUUUUGUUUGAAAUGUCAUCAUUCAUUUACAAAAAAUAAAUGUUUUCCUCUCUGGUACAUUCA